AUGUCGAACAACAGCGUAAAAAUUCCCGCUUUACAAUGCAAGCUGUCUGGCCAAGGCCAUUACACUGUUUGGAGGGACCUCGCUUGUCGCAUGUUAAAAGUUUACGAUAUGUGGAAUCUAGUCAAUGGUACGAGUAAGCGUCCUGCGUUCACCACUACGGUUACUGCGGCACCACCUGCAGAACAACCAGCAGAAGGUGCAGUAGCAGCAACACCAGCAGAAGAGGACGAAGAAGAAACCACAGACAAUGCCGAAGAAAUCAGCGAAUGGGACAAGAAAGAUAACCUCGCUGUCGUCUUCCUUCAAUCCAACAUCAAAUUUGAAGACAUUAUCACGCUCACUCCGGCCGAUACCACUCACCAUCUCUGGACUCAACUUGAGGACAGAUUUGAUCGGAAAACUGUAUCUUCCCUCCACUCGCUUCUUGCCAACGUUGUAACCCUACAGUAUACGCCUGACAAAGGCAUCAAGGAACAUCUAACCCAAUUCAAUACUCUUUGGUCAUCCCUCCUCACUAGAACUAGUAACUCUACGGACAAAACCAAAGACCCACUCGGUUACCACCUCCACCAACUCGCAUCAGUCUCAGAAGGGAAGGCAUCCUUCCUACUCCUCUCACUUCGGCAUGAAUCCCUCGAAUCAGUCGUUGACAACCUGCAAACCAAGCUUAACGUCACCUUCGAUGACGUCUAUGAAAAGCUACUGGAUCUGGACUCACGGCGCAACAACGAUGGACAAGCUGCUGGAGAAGCCUACAACAUUAGGCGAGGAAAUCCAGGACCCGGAAACAACAAAGUCGGCAAGGCACGGAACAACAAAAAGGACAAAAAGGACCUUACAUGCACAUGGUGCAACAAGAACGGCGAAUUUGCAAAAGGCCACACGCACAAAGACUGCCGGAAACUCAAAGCUUUCAGAGACAAAGAGAAUUCCGCUGCAUCUGGCAAUCUCAAUGUCGUGUCCGGUACUGCAUUUCACAUAAAACUAGAUCUUUCUUGGAUUCCUGACCUCUCUGGCCUCCCCACACUCGAAGAAGCUGAUGUAUUCACUAUGCCGGUUUCUUUCGACUUCAUCACUUUCUCAGAUACCUCAGAUGUAACAAUGGAAGACUACUUUGGCUUCGUUGCAGGACCUUCCGCAUCUAACAACAAGGCAUGGAUCUUUGACCCUGGUGCAACUAACCACAUGGCCGGAACUCAGGUUACCAACCCCUCACCUUACAGUGGAACAGUCACUGUUGGCGGCGGGCGAAAGCUACAGAUAACCGGAAUUGGAAACGUCACCAUCAACGGAUCACAUGGCCCUAUUACUCUGCAGAACGUAUUUUUAAUCCCAGAACUCGGCAAUACCAACCUAAUAUCUUGGUCAUGCAUUGCCAAAAAGAGAUUUACAACGACAGGGACAGAAAACGGCUUUACCAUUUACAAACUGAACAGCAAGAAAAUCAUUGGAAUCGCUAAUGCAAAUAGUACUGGUCUUUAUAUCUUUGAAACCAAGGAACUUUGCGCACACAUCUCCAUCGCUACCAGCUUCUAUGACUGGCACCAACAUCUUGGACAUCUCCCCGCUUUCUCACUCUCACGGUUACGUAACAUGGUCACCGACCCAAAGUCUCUCCCCACAACAGGUCACAUGGAAACAUGCAACACAUGUGAACUCGCCAAAUCCAGCAAAUCUCACCUUACCCCUCUUACCGAACCACGAUCCAAACAAUCACUAGAAUUAAUCCACUCAGAUCUGAGCGGCAAGUUUUCCACUCCUUCUCUUGGCGGUUUUAGUUACUAUAUUACCUUCAUCGACGAUUACUCCAGGUACGCUCACUUCUACUUCCUUAAAAAGAAGUCAGAUGCAGCAGCCGCCACACAACGGGACAUCGCAUAUAUGGAAAAUCAAUUGGACAAAACGGUUAAACGGUUCCGAAGCGACAAUGGUGGCGAGUAUAUCUCCAACAACCUCUAA